AUGGGCAGAAGCGUGGGAUAUGAAGGCUCAUGUCCAGUUUCCGGGCUUGGUGAUAGAUUUUAUACUAAAGGUGGUCUCGAAUUUGUGUUAAGACGGCGUAUGCCGAUGCCAGAAGAGCUUGCAUAUCAAAUCAGAAAUAUGCGGUCUCAAUUCAGCAUGGGAUUGUUUCCAGAAAUCUCAAGAGCUUGGGUUGUUAUAGAUAGUGAUAUUUUUAUGUGGAAUUAUGACACAAAUGAUGAUUUGGCCUAUUUUGAUGCCGUUGAGAGCACUGUGUUGAAAAUUGCUCUGGCUCGCGUAAAGUCUGACGUGUUUGCGUCCCAUAUAACUCACGGCUUGGUUGUGGGUACCGUUACGGAUCUUUCGCUUUACCCCGUAAUCAUAGAUGUUGAUCCUGUUACUGGAAAGCCUGGCAUUGCAAUUGAUGCUAGUCACUUUUUUAAGGUUCCUUUUUUUCAUUUUCUCAACAUGCUCUUAAUAGUGAAAGACAUAUAG